AUGACAGAAUAUGUUGUGACUCGUUGGUACAGAGCCCCUGAAUUACUACUGAACUGUUCAGAAUAUGUUGCUGCUAUUGAUGUAUGGUCAGUUGGUUGCAUUUUGAUGGAGAUAAUUAGAAAGGAGCCUCUAUUUCCUGGUAAAGAUUAUGUUCAGCAGUUGGCGCUCAUAACUGAGUUGUUAGGUUCACCAAAUGAAGAAGAUCUUGGAUUCCUCAGAAGAAUUGAGAAAUUGAAAAUGACAACUUCAAGGAGACACACUUUCACACUUAAGUACAAGGAACCUAAGCUGGACAGUCUGAAGGGUUUGAUCUCUGAUUUGACUCUCAGCAGACGUGAUAAGUUCGGAAAAGACUAUGGGAAAAUUUUGAGUCUUCUGACUAAUAAAGUUGACUAUGGAAUUAUCGGCUAUUUGGCACAAUAUUAUGAUCCACCUCUGCGCUGUUUCACAUUCGUUGAUUUCCAACUAGCUCCUACUUUGGAAGAAGUUGAGAGAAUCGUGGGUCUCAAAUUGAAAGAUUUCAAUCCAUUUCGAAAGCUCGAAGAAGAGAUCGGCCCAAAGAAGAUAGCUUCAGCCCUAAGUAUCAAUGUCCCGACUGUUCGAGACAAUUAG